UAUAUGACCUGUAAUUACAGGUUAAGAACCACAACCCAUUGCUCCCUUGCUCACUUCCUGUUCAUAGUGUUGAAGCCUCAAACCACCAGUCGCCUCCAAGACGGUCGACGGCGACACCGUACCGCCGCCGCUUCGAGCUCCUCUCUCGCAGCCAUCUUCAUCUCCCUGACUCUCUCGCUGUCCCCUCUCUCACUCCCUCGAGUAUGUUCAGUUCAGAGUCACACAUGGAUCUGGGUUGUCCCGUUCACGGUCUCAUUCCAUCUUGGAACUCCGCUGCUUUACUUGCAGGGUUCUUUGCUUACUUAGCCAUUGCUGGAUCAGUUGUUCCUGGAAAACUCAUUGCUGGGGUUGUUUUGCCUGAUAAAUCUCGCCUUCGCUAUCGCUGCAAUGGUCUGCUAUCACUUCUUCUGUUGGUGGCGCUUCUUGGAAUCGGUGCCAAGAUGGGUUUUGUAUCUCCUACUGCCAUAUCAGAGAGAGGACUUGAGCUGCUGUCCACAACUUUUAUCUUCAGUUUUCUUGUGGCGCUAAUCCUUUAUUUUUCUGGUUGCAAGUCUCAAAGUAAAUCUUCAUCACUAAAACCUCAUAUCAGCGGUAACCUGAUACAUGAUUGGUGGUUUGGAAUACAACUGAAUCCUCAAGUCAUGGGUAUUGACCUCAAAUUUUUCUUUGUUCGAGCUGGAAUGAUGGGGUGGCUACUUAUCAAUCUAUCAGUUCUUGCAAAAAGCAUUCAAGAUGAUACUUUGAGCCAGUCAAUGAUUCUCUUCCAGCUAUUCUGUGGUAUAUACAUUCUCGACUAUUUUGUACAUGAAGAGUACAUGACAUCCACCUGGGACAUAAUUGCAGAGAGACUGGGUUUCAUGUUGGUCUUUGGAGAUUUAGUGUGGAUUCCUUUUACUUUUAGCAUACAGGGCUGGUGGCUCUUGAGGAACAAGGUGGAGUUAACAACGGCUGCCAUUGUAGCUAACUGCUUUGUCUUCCUGAUUGGAUACAUGGUAUUUCGGGGAGCGAACAAGCAAAAACACGAGUUCAAGAAGAAUCCAAAGGCUCCUAUAUGGGGUAAGCCUCCAAUAGUCAUUGGAGGCAAGCUGCUUGCUUCUGGUUAUUGGGGUGUUGCUAGACACUGUAAUUACCUAGGGGACUUGCUGCUUGCCCUCUCGUUUAGCUUACCUUGUGGGAUAAGUUCACCAGUUCCCUACUUCUAUCCAAUCUAUCUUCUUAUUCUGUUAAUCUGGAGAGAGAGAAGAGAUGAAGCUCGUUGUGCGGAGAAGUACAAAGAGAUAUGGGCAGAGUAUCGUAGAACUGUUCCUUGGAGAAUAUUACCUUAUGUGUAUUAAGCACGUUAGUCCUGUAUUUUAGUUAUUGUAUUAAGCACUUCUAUGUAAAUGGGUUUUUGUAGUCCCAGUGCAUAUAGGUUCUGCUAUUUUCUUCCCAUCUUUGUUUAUGCAUUUGAUUAUGCUGCUGAUCUUCUUUUUGUAUUAGCCUAUGCUGUUGACUUUGUUUUCAAAUGAUGUAACCAAAAUAGUGUUAAGUUUCCGGUUUUAAUUCAUGAUGUUGGAGUAUUUACUCUU